AACAGCGACACACAAAAUGGCGCCGGGGCGGUCGGCGCGCUACUUUCUUGCGCUUACAUAAUGCGACCUCCCUCGCUUCUUUCCUCUUCCCCCUCCUUUUCUUUCUCUCCCUCGCGCAAGCAAACGCGCCUAUUUGAGUGACGUGCCACUCCGCCAAUGGCACGGCGGGGCAUUCCGAGCCAGACCAAUGGCGGUCCGCGGAAAGGCGCGAGAAAUCGAGGAGGCGGGUCUCCUUAAUAGUUAAAUUUAAGAAGAAAAACCCGCCACCGCUCUUCUCUUUAAUUCUCUCCCUUCCUUGACUUCUUUCUGUGGUGGUGUUGUUGUUUUUUGUGUAUUUCACUCUGUGUGUGAGAGAGAGUGAGAGUGUGAGUGUGUGUGAACGGGAGGGGGGGAGAGUUGUUUGCGCACGCGCAGAGCGAGCGAGCGCGAGAGCGGCUGAGGAGGGACUGAGCGGGCUUCUCCCUCCCGCGCUCUCUCCCUUCUUGUGAGGAGAAAAAGGAGGAGGAGGAGGAUCAUCAUCACUGUCGCUGCCGCCGCCGCCCGCUUUUCCCCUUCUGUGUAUCUCCCGCCAUUUUCCCGGCGGCCCUUCUAGCUCCGGACCCGCCGCCGCCUUCCCGGGGCCUGGUGGCCGGGCGAUGGCGCCGCUACUGGGCCGCAAGCCCUUCCCGCUGGCCAAGCCUUUGCCGCCGCCGGGAGAGCCGCCGGGGGGAGACGAGAAGGAGGUGGCGGAGGAGCGCUUCGUCAUCGCCCACACGCAGGAGGCCUUCCGCACCAGCGAGUAUCCUACGGACGGCAUUUACCGGAGGGGGGCAGGCGGGGGGGGGAGAAGGGGAAGAGUAUGGCGCCCCCCUUGUUUACCUCCGAAAGAGAAAAGGAGAGAGAGGUGGGGGGGUAGUGCAUGGGGGGGGGGCUUUGUUGUGUCUGACUCUGCUCUCCUUCCCUUCCUUCUCUCUUCCCUCCCUCCUUCUCUUAUCCUGACCUGACCCGAUUCGGGCGAAGGAGGAAGGCUGCCUCCGCCACUACGUCGUCCUGCCUCUCCGCUCCCGGCUCUCCUCCCUCCUCCUAUUUCGGCUUAUUCUCGCCUCCUGCCUUCCUCCUCUGUCGGGCCUCCUCGCUUGACGCGUCUUUUCCCGAGGUUUUUUGGGGGGAGACGGGACGGGACGGAUCAGGGCAGCAGGAAACCUCCUUCCUUCUCUUUCUCGGGACUUUCCCAGCAGCGGUCCUUCCCUCUCUCUCUCUCUCACCCACCCACCCACCCGGCAGUCGGAGGCAGUACGUAUAUACUUAAGGAUACCAGUUCUAGGAAAUGGCAAGUGGGGAGAGUCCUGCUUUUGUGCUGGCGUCCCUCUUGGGGAGCCCUAAUCUUUUGCUUGUGGGCUUCCCAUUAGAGUACUGUAUUUGGAGAACAGGAUGCUGGGCUAGAUGGGCCCCCUUUGGCCUGAUGCGACAGCGGGGCUUUUCUUGCAUUCUUACAGCCCAGUCUUCUCCUCUCACUGGGGCCAUCUAUACUUUGGACCUCAGUGCCUCUUGAGGGAAUAGAAGAAGGCCUGGCCCAGUAUAUGUGGGGACAGAAGCCCCAUCCCACAGUCCUUUUCUUGGGGCUCCCCCAGCAAGUGUUAAUUCACAGGGUUCAGCUUCUUCCUUCUCACCUGCUUAAAAAUUGGUCCUGCAGCUGGAUCAGACCAAAGGGAGCCCAUCUCACCCUGCUGCUUCAUUCCUGUAAGGGGCCUGUCUGGUGUCUACAGGCAGGGUAGGGACAUCACUUCCUCCUUGAUUCCCUGAAUUCCUGUUGUCAGGGCUCAGGGCGGCUGCAAAUUCCAUAUGUGUUUUAGGCUGAAGCAGGUUUAUGGCUUUAAUUAUCUUCUCAUUAGCCAAGAGAGUUUGAAAUUGAGCCUCCAUAGCCAGAGGCCAUUUGCCUCUGAAUACCAGUUGGUGGAGGAGGGGCUGUUGCCCUUGACCCUGCACUUGUGAGCUUCUGAGAGGCUCCUGGCUGGUCAGUGCUGGAAAAAGGGUGAUGGUGAUCACUUUGGUCUGAUCCAGCCAGGGGAAGCCUUCUAUGCAUCCUUAGUUACUUUUAUAUCAAGUAAUUGGAGCGGCACAGUUGUGGUUACUAGGAAGUCUUCACUCUCCAGGCUGACAAGACCCUGACCUGCUUAACUUUAGCAGAAGUAAAUUAAGGGUAGAACCUUGCUGUACAGCGGCUGUCUCCUGUCAUGUAAUACCUCCAGUGAAGCUGAUUGGCAGAAAGUUCAUGAAAUGUGAGUGGUAGUUCAGAGUAAUGGAAGUUGCUGCCUCCUGUGGUGGUCUGCAUAAAUUAACUUGCCCUCACAAGUGUUGGAAGCUGUUAGCUUAUAUAUCUUUAGACCAGUUUUAUGGUGGAAUUAGUUCAGCUGCAGCAGUUGACUCUAAUGGUAAAAUGGAGCCUCCAUGUUCAGAGGCAGUGCAUCUCCAAGUACCAGGUGCUGUGGACAAACAGCAGGGGAGAGCUAUUUUCACACACUGCUUGUGAGUUGCUCUGGGCACCUCCCUGGCUUCUGUUGAAAAUGGCCUUUGCCAGCCUGGCAGGCCAGCUUCCAGAUGCUGCUGAACUACAAUUCCCAUCAGCCCCAGCCAACAUGGCCAUGUGAUGCUGGGGAUGAUGGGACUUGUAAUCUGAAACAUGGAGGGCAUCAGGUUGGCAAAGGAUGAGUUAGAUCAGAUGGUUCUCUUGGUUUGAUUCCUAGGAUUAAAUUAUUUCUCCUAAUUCUUGGUACUUUAAAAGUUAGUGUGGUGUGGCAAAAAUGACUGUUUAAGGCCCAUUGGCUGCCACGUGCAGGGGCUUUCUCUGCAUUCAACAAAAUAUUUGUGCUAGUGCUAACACAACUCAUUUGUGCUAGUGCUAAUGCAAUUCAUUCUAACACAACCCCCUGCCUAGGAGCCUCACACUUUCCCAUAUGUUCUCAGGACUGUUGGGGGAAUCUCCAGAACAGAUUUAGGGGUUUGUGGUAGGAGGAGAGGGGGGGGGGAACAUUCAAUUGCUGAUGAAACAUUCACCAUAGCGCUGUGCUGACUAUAACCCUGAAUGUUGGAGCCAGCCUUGGGUUUAACUGGUAGCUGUAGGUGGUGAGUUGCACGCAGGCUGAGCAGGGAUAGAGCAGCUUAUUGCUCAUUUCUCCUGGGUUGUCAGGGUUGAAAUCACAUGAACCCCUCUGCCAGGCAUAAGUAGACUGUCACUACUCCCCCCCCUUUUUUUUCUUUUUGCAGCCUAGUCACUUUUGUGAGCUUAUUUCCAAUGUUGAUUUGAGGCCUAGUGCCUGGAAAGACCUGGCCAUACUGAUGAAAGUUUUCAGUGUAACUUGUCACUUUCUUCAGACACUUAUUUUUACAAAUACUGUGUUAAAAGGUUAUGCCUGACAUGUCCUUGCCCAGGCCACUUAAAGAUCUUUUGAUGACUGAGCAGAGAUUUGAACGAGGUCUGCAUCUAAGCCCACUGGUGAUUGAUGUGUAGUUCAAGGAAAGCUGCUAUUUAAGAAUUGAUCACUAUAAUAUUGUUUGCUGCUCUGGCUUCAUCUUCUACAUGCUUCGCUAUACACAUGUUGCAGUUGUUUUGAUGUUUUUCAGACUUUGAUGGAGAUGGAUUUUUGUCCAAGGUUAGCCAGCCAAUGAAGUUAAUAGCUAAGCAGGGAACUGAACUUGAAUCUGCUGUCUCCAAAUUUCUAUUCAUUACAUUGCUAGACCUACAGUAGAUACCCAUUUCUUUUCUCCUAUAAAAUAUAAUUAUCUCUGAAGUUUUAGGUCGAAGGUUGGUGUUGUGAGCAUCUUAAAAGCCCAAAGAGCUGAUUUUUAUAGGCCUAAGCAAUGAAAUUUAGCAUCCAUACAAGGAAAAGCUUUGUUCCCCUCUUCAUUCUCGCUUCUUUGUCUUGUACCCAAGAGAGCCCUUUCCUCUGACCCAACCCUCUCCUUUCUUUCUCUUUCUUUUUCCCCUCCCCCUCCCCAGUUCUGUCUGAACAGCCUGGGCUGUUCUGGUCAUCAAUGGUUGAGGUUCUUUUAGGAAGCAGGGCUGGUUUUUUGGGUUGUUUUUUUUUUUGCAGUGUCUUGAUGGAUAAUCUAAAGCAAGAGAUUUGAGGUGGAAAGUGAUUUCUCCAGAGUGGAAUUUUCUGCUUUCUGUGUUUGUAACUUGUUUACUAUCAUGUGACCAGAAGUUGUUUUGUGAAACUGGAGCUCUUCAGUCUCUGUGCACAGAUCUGACUGGAUAAGGCAGAAGCAUGUCGACAGUAAACUCAUAGUCCUCAGCCCACUUCCUUUGGAGCAGCUCCUUCGGGCCUGGAUUGCAGCUUGCAUAACCCAUUCAUGCUAGCUUAAUUCUACUGGUAUCCUGUGGACUGUCUGCAAUCUGUUUUAUCAUUAAAAAAAAAUGCUUGCCCCUGUGAUGGGGGCAGUAGAGCAAAGUCAAGCAUGAUAUAGAACCCUUCUGAUGCAAACAAAACAAAACAAAACCCAUUGCAGGACAGGCUGCUUUGAGUUGAGUAGUCCCUGCCCCCACAGGGUGUUGGUGUUAAGGAAGUCCAAACCUCUGGUGAGGAGGGGCUUGAGUUAGCCAUAUCCCUCUGCUGGCAGGAGGGCUGGCUUGUGGGGAGCAUGCUUAUUGAGUGUGUGUGUUCAGGACCAAUAGCCUUCCUGAGCUAGCAACAAAGACUGCCUGUCUUGAUCCAGCUUCUUUCUGUCAGGAAAGCCCUUGGGAUGAAUCUGUACAUGGGCUGCAUAACUGCCAAGUGAGGUGACGGGGUGCCAGUCAGAAGAAGAGAAUGUGAUUGGCAGGGGAAUCUCCUUGGUGAGUGUGAGAUAAGCAGUCUGGAGCUGUCAGUUGGAGGGUGGUGCGAGGGCAACGGCAGUGCACAGGUUGUUAUACAUGUUAGUGGAAAAUUUGAGUGAUAUCAGUGAGUGGAAUAUGCUUUGGUGGGGUUACUUGAUCUUAAACUAGCUGGGAAUGCCUGCACUUUAGGAAUCUAGGUGCAUUAGAAUUCUGCACCAAUGCAGGAAAAGUCACUUUCUGUGGGUUUUAUCCUCCCCAAUAGUAUGUAGACAGCAACACCAGUGUUUAUUCUUUGCUUUCUUCACUAUUCUGACCUUUGCUGCCCAUCCCACGAUCAGCCCAAGGCAUAUAGUGCUAGCAAGGGCAACAGAGCUACAUGUUUCUACUUUAAAAAGAUAGGCUGUUGUGUGCAUUGUCAUAUAAGGAGAGAUAUUUUUUUGUCAGUAAGAGCUGAGUUUUAUAAAUGCAGCUUUUGGGGCUUCUGUAUGCCCUAGAAAAGAAGGAUGACUCCUCUUGGUUCAUCUUUUUCUGUAGCGUGACAUGCUCCUGCAAGUCACCUCCAGGACGUCUUGCUAAAUUACAGUUGUCUUUGCACACCUGUGUUGGCUUGCCCGAGUCCUCUCACUUUUGCCCCUUGGCUCUAUAAUUUAGAACACUUAGAGUCUGACUGUGGUGCACAGAUUUGAAUGCAUCUGUGCUUUUCCUUUCACCAUCUCAAAUCUCCACACUUUCUCAAGAGCCAUUCUUAUCUGCUUUAAGGUUUUAAGUGAUAAGGUUGUCAGCUAUCAUAAGCAAGUUGGUCUUCAAUGGGCCUCUGGUCUGGUCAGCCACAGUUCUUGAUCAAAUCAGUAGAACGGAGAGCUUGGCUGUUGAAUUGUGCAGAGUUCAAACGUUGUUCUGCUUCAAAUCACUUUUCUCCAGCAACUCAUCCUGGAGGUGUUUGUGGAAGUUAAGAGAAGUUCAGGUUGGGCUGUGGUGAAUCCUGUUUGUCUGACAAGCAUACAAAAAGUAUGACAUAUACUUUGAUAACAAUUGUAGCUGUAUACACGUCUUGGAUUUGUUAUAGUUGGUAUACAUGUUUUGGAUUUGUGUUCACAUAGUCCUCCGUCAGAUGCCCAGAGUCAAAUUAUGGGCUCAUGCAUGCCUUUCUCUCUCCCUGCUAUCCCUCCUCUCAUGGGCACAGAUUCCUUCCCUUAAUAUUCUGCUUUGAGGUAGCUGUAGUUUGUUGGGAAAUCUGGAUUAGGUAAACAGUGCUGAUGGCAAAUCUUUGUCUUUAAACUAAAAUUGGAAAGCCACUUCAAUGUGCAGUUUCCAGUUUGGUAAGGAAGCAAAUUGUUUGUUUGGUGGCCGGAUAAAGUGGCUCAAAAUAUAUCUGAUGGUAAAAGGUAAAGGUACCCCUGCCCAUUCGGGCCAGUCUUGCCAGACUCUAGGGUUGUGAGCUCAUCUCACUCUAUAGGCCGGGAGCCAGCGCUGUCCGCAGACAUUUCCGGGUCAUGUGGCCAGCGUGACAAGCUGCAUCUGGCGAGCCAGCGCAGCACACGGAACGCCGUUUACCUUCCAGCUGGUAAGCGGUCCCUACCAUAUCUGAUGGUAGCAGUAAAUAAUAACACUUUGAAAAAUAUAAUGGGAGCAACCAAGCACAGUAUCAACAAGUAAAUAUAUCUAAUAAAAAUACUAAUCACUCCAUGCAACUUGUGUAAAGCAGUGCAGAUAAAGUGACAGCUGCAAAUUAAACACGAUGUUUUCCUGAGCUGUUGCUCCUUCAGAGAGUAUGAAGCACGGCUGGAGAAAUACAGCCAGCGAAUAUGGACCUGCAAAAGCACCGGAAGCAGCCAGCUGACACACAAAGAAGCCUGGGAGGAGGAGCAGGAAGUCGCUGAGCUGUAAGUAGCAGAAUCCAAAGCAUCUAUUUUUAGAGACCAGGGCAUGAGCCCUAAACGUAGGAUGCUGGUUGUUUGGCAAGUGGCUGACUGUUGCUGUGACAAUCAUCAUCAGAAGUCUGAGUCAGCAUCCAAAGAAGGAUUGAAUAAUAAAUAUUAUUUAAAAAAAACAAAGAAGGAUUGAACAUCUUUCUCCACCUGUGUUGAUCAAGGGGAUCAGCUCCCAAGUUAGCUUUGGCCUUGCUGCCUCUUCUAAUUCUUGCUUUUGUUUUGUUAGGGCCUUAUUUUUCUUGUUGCUUAUAAAUGUACAACUUGCCUUUUUUAGUCCAAUAUGCUUUAUUUUUUAAUUGGCCUUACUCUGUUAAGGACUCAAGGCAGUUAUUGAUCCGGUUGAUAUUAUACUGCAGUUAAAAUCAAAUCCAGAUGUAUUGCACAAAAAAGCAGUAAGAACGCCACUCUUUGUAAUCAUCUCAACACUGUUUUAGAGGCUUUCUGGAAGAUCUUCUCGUGCUGGAUAUUCAUGUUGAAAAGCCACUCUAGGCACAUUUCCCCCUUAGGUAACAGUUGCAUGUUUGUUCAAGACAUCCUUCUCUGCAAACCAGGCUCCCAAAGGGCCCAGUGUCUGAGGUGAAAGUUCCUGACCUAAUUCUGUCUCUCAGUAGGUGGAAGUGGUGUGUUUGUGAGUGUUGGUCUGCAGGUGGAGCUUAUGUCAAAAAGUUCCUGCACAUAGAAAUCUAGCAUAUCGGGAAGAAUACAACUUGCCUCCACUCAGAACAAGGUUCAUUGAGCCUCUGCUUGCAGUCUUAGUGGGGUAAUAUUGAGAAGCAGGUUUAUUAGCUCAUCUGCUGUUUGUGAGAAUUAGACCACAAACUUUUCACCUUGUCUCCAACCUGUCUUUUGAUAGAUUGACUAAAUCUUCCUACUCAAGUUUUACAGUUGUCUAUCAGAGCAGGCAGAGUGUUGCAGGCUUGUACAGUUCCCUUGAUAUGUACAAGUUUUGUACCAGAGAACUGCACACAGCUUCACUAACAUCUUUCCCUCCCCCUUAUCUUGGAAGUUGCAAGGCAGCUUCCUAUGCCAUGGUGGGUUUUGUCAUUCUCAGCUGACAUUGCUGAUAGAGGGAUUUGUGAAUUGCUUCAUGAAUGUGGCUUCCCCUGUUGACUGCUGAUUCUGUGAGUUUACUGUUGUCCGUUUUGUAGUAGUUGCCACUUAAAUGGAAUGUGUUAUAUCCCCCUCUCUCUUUUGAUGAUAUUUUUAGCUUGAAGGAGGAAUUCCCAGUUUGGUAUGAGAAACUUGUCCUGGAAAUGGUUCAUCACAACACAAUUUCCUUAGAAAAACUGGUAGACACUUCCUGGCUGGAGAUCAUGACCAAGUUUGCUGUGGGAGAAGAGUGUGACUUUGAGGUAAGGCCCCAGCUUGAAUGGAUCCGGAUAUCCAAGGCUGUUUCUCUUUUCUGGGCCUACUUGUUCUUAUGCACCUUCUGCCAUCAUGUCCAAAAGGUGGAAUACUCUUUCCCCACCUCCAAACUGAUGUAAUUGGUUUCCAGAGGAAUUUCAGUGUAAUUAUUAGAUACAACAUACCUGGGAAGAGGGUACAUGUUACCUUGGAACAGGUUCCUCUUCCAGUCACGUGACUGGAACAAGUGACCAGUUAUCUCCUAGAGGGUAUCUUUUGGGUGAACUCAGGUGCCAUGUCUUGUUCAGUGACUGCAAGCAAACCUCUACAAGAGUUCUAUAAAAGCCAUUGCUGGGCUUCAACUGUGGAUGGCUGCUGGGUUUUGAUCUGUUUAGUGCUUCUUUUAAAAUGUGUAUUUGCACUGUAUUUUAAUUUUGCAUUAGUGGACUGUCAUACCAUCGUGCCUAUUCCAGCCAUGCACAAGGGGGUGUGGGUGGUAAACUUAGCCUUGCUCCAGGUGACUAGCAGCUCCCCGCCACCCCCAACUGCAUGCAUGAACCCCCAAGUGUCACCAUUUUGUAAGCAGCUCCAUGAAUCUAGUCAUGUGUUCACUUUGGGCCUCCCUACCAGUUCUCAUCGGUUUCCCUCUUCCCAUCAGGUUGGGAAAGAAAAAGUGCUGAGAGUAAAAGUAGUAAAAAUCCAUCCUUUGGAGAAGGCAGCAGAUGAAGAGGCACCUGAGAAGAAAGCCGACGGGGCCUGUGAUUCCCCGUCCAGUGACAAAGAAAAUUCCAGCCAGGUGGUUCAGGACAACCAAAAGGAGUUGGCACUGAAGGAAGAUGACAGCCGGAGAGAGAGUCUGAGUGAGUAGCAAGCCACGCCCUGGCCUGAGGGAUGUUGGUGAUCCACUAUCUUUUAUCCGGGUAGUACAGGCUGCCUUCAAAAGAUCUAUUGGUUACCCAGGUUGGGGUGUGGGGGUGUGGUGGUGUGUGCUGAUCUCCCUUCCAGGUUUUCCCAGAUUGCUUUGGGGAGAGAGUCUAUCUAGACGACAGGUGACUUUGGUCUGCUGGUGACACCCAACUUGCUCUCUGUUCUGGCUAAGUCAAGGCCUCCUGUGUCUGUCAUUGUAGGACUGAUACUUAGUUGAAGAAGCAUUAGGAAGCCCCCAUUCCCUUUGUUAUGGGUCACUGGCCCUGUGCAAGGCUGCAGCCUUUUUUAAUGUGUGUGUCUGAAGGGUGUUGCCUUUGGUCUUGCCACUUCUGUAUUAAUAAUCCACUUGAUUGCCCUUUGGGUCAGAUAAAUGGAGCAUUCCGUGGAAAAAGGCAGUCAUAGUUGUGGUCGUAGCUUAAAUAUGGUAUGCAGGUAGAUCCUUUGUGUAGCGUUUCAUGGGAAGUAGUUCCAUUGGCUGGUGUUUUAUGCCCACGCUUUCUCCAGCAGCUUCUAUAGAUUCUAGUUAAUGUGCUUUGCUGUAGGAAGUUUUCACAAACAAAUAAGGUGCAUUAUGUGGUUGGGCAGCACAAACAUUUCAGGUAUGCUGUUCGCAAGCAGGGAAACUUAUAGACGGAAGCCAACUAACUUGUCACAUUCUUUGAUUAAGUCUCAGUGUACUAACUGAGCAUACUUAAGGGUUUGCAAGCAGCAACAAACAACAUCACUGGUGGUGCUCAAGGAAACUGUCUUUCAGAGAUCCUGGCUCCUUUCCAAAAUUAGGGGUGCUCUGCCCUGACUUUUCUAGUUCACACAUUUAAAAUAUUCAAUAGCGGUGCAUAUGCUACCUUUAUGUGCCUCCAUUGGAAUAAAGUCAGAGGUCUUUGUGCAGGCAGAAAUCGUGUGCACAUUGGAGCCUCCCCAUGUAUAAGAUUCUGCUAGUGGGCUGCCAGUCCUCUUUCCCUUGACAAACAUAAAACACUUUACUUGCUAGAAUGAUGGCCAUCUCCUCUCAUAAUACUCAAACUUUGGAUCACCUAAUGAAAUUGAUUUGUAGAACAUUUGCCGGGGGGGGGGGGGAAUGCAGGAAUGCAAUUCACAAGAGUCUGCUGCUGCUACAGGGUGCCUUUAAAUGCUAAAUCUUAAUGCAAUAUUGUAAUUUAAUGCUGGUAUUUUAUUUUUAUUGUUCUGCUGUGUCUUGUUUCGUUGUGGUUUUUUUGUUCUGUUCUAUAAAAACACUUCACAGGAGAGAUAGAUGGCAGCUCUGAAUGCCAUAAGAUGUGGUGGCAGUGGCAGCAGUUCCUAACUUUAGACGGCUUUCUAAAAAACUCAAUUAGACAAAUUCAUAGAAUAGCUUAGGUCUGUCUCCUGCAAUGGCUGAUUGGAGCUCCCUUGUCCAGAAGCUAAAUACCAGGAGCUGGAGACCAGCAAGGGGGAGGCUGUUGCUUCUGGGCCCUGUUUGGGGGCUUCCAGUUCUAUCUGUAGAUGCAGGAUGCGGAGUUGUGGAUAGACCUGUGGUUUGAUCCUGCAGAGGGCACUCAGUAUUAAUCCCCCUUUAGAAACUUCCCUGCCUGCUCCUUUGGUGUUGGAUGGUGUGUGUUUAUUCCUUGGCCAUCUGUGCUUUUGUUGCCCAUCAGUACUGCAUUUCAGCCUAGGCCUUUUGGGGCAUAUUGUGCUGCUAACACCCCCCCCCCAUCUCUUAUGCAGGUGACCGGGCGCGCCGAUCUCCUCGGAAGCUUCCUACUUCUCUGAAGAAGGAAGAAAAAAAAUGGGUCCCUCCAAAGUUCUUACCGCACAAGUAUGAUGUCAAGCUGCAAAAUGAAGACAAGGUAAGGGAGUGAGAGAGAAUUAAGGGUCCUUGACUGCCCGUUGGUGGUGAGGAGGAGGAGGCGUGGCUGGUUAAGGUAUCAGCACUGCUGCGAGGUCAGGAGCAAUUAAAAGUAACUGUUUCUAUUUUAAGUGGUAUUUAAGUACAGUGGCAAGCUGUGGGCUGACUGCCACAAGCUGAGGAAUAGAAGAGUCUAAAGGCUUGUUUCUUUGUCUCCCUAGAUCAUUAGCAAUGUGCCAGCAGACAGCUUAAUUCGCACAGAGCGGCCGCCAAACAAGGAGAUUCUGCGCUACUUCAUUCGCCACAAUGCACUCCGGGCUGGAACAGGAGAGAAUGCUCCUUGGGUGGUCGAGGAUGAGUUGGUGAAGAAAUAUUCACUUCCCAGCAAGUUCAGUGACUUCUUGCUUGACCCAUAUAAAGUGAGAAAUAAGGCAAUAUCUGUCUUGGGUUGUGGGUUGGGAAAAGGACAGGAGUCUCUGUUGAUGCAUAAUGGUUACUUUUUGGGGGGGGGCAGUGUUAGCAAGGGUGAAUCUUAGCUCUACAGCAAGCCCUUGCCAGUCAUCAGGUGCCAAAGGGAUGAUUCUGGUGAGGCUCAGACUUGACCCUCCAUUGCCUUCCAUGUGGUCUGCCUGCACUGGAGACACCAAGCUGGCCUGCCUCCAUCUCUGCAGUGUGCCUUCCCUUCCCUGUGACUGCCGUGUGCAGAUGUCUUCCAAGGAGGAGUGCAUUUGGGACUCCAGAUCCACCUCUUUUGUACUUCUGCAAACCUCAAGGUUUCCCCAACCAUCCUUAUGCCUCCCUCAUGCCAGGUUUUGCAGUCAAGAUGGCUACAGUAUGUGUUUAAAACAAUGGAGUGUGCAUUGUGUCUCAUAUGUUUUGCAUCUGGGUGACUACUGUAAUCCUAGAGCACGUUUUUGACUAGGUGGGAUAUGCAGAACGAUAUAUGUUGCCGGCAGCAUGCUCCAGGUGACAUUGAGGGAUGCUGUUGACUGAAAGGUGGAAAGGGCAGUUUCUCUAGAAAUGUAUGUGGUUGUCCCUUUCUGCAUCGCUAGCAUUCAGGAGCACUUGAGGCUCCAAAGCAGCCUCAAAAGUUCUGUUGACUUUCGAGCAGCACAUUGAAACAGAUCCCCAGUUAGAUUUUCCAACCUAUCCCUUUCCUCCCUUGUGUUUCUUUCCCCCCCCAAGACUAAAAUUUACCUUUGCUUCUUCUUCAAUUCCAGUACCUGACGCUCAAUCCCUUGACCAAGAGAAAGAGCACGUCAUCCCCCGAUCGGAAGCCUUCCAAAAAGCCUAAGUUGGAUGGCUCUGCUCCAGGUCAGGGGCUAAGCCCCUCUCUGUGGUGCAGUGUGCACUUGAAGAAGUCUAUUAUGGGCUCUCCGCUGAAAGUCAAGAACUCCAAGAUCCCCACGGAGGAGCUGGAGGAGGUGAUGAAGAUGAUGUCUGCUGGAAAGCUUGGCAACUUCAACAAGAAACGACAGAGGAAUAAGAAGCUGCUGAAUGGGCAGAAGGCUACUGGGAAGUCCCGCUCCCCCAGGAAGGACUCCAAGAUGAAAAUGAAGCAGAUGACACUGCUGGACAUGACGACCAAGGGCACCCCCAAGGUGUCGCGAGCGCCCCGGGGCUCAGGAGGAAGCCCCAGGUCCUCUGGCAAGCCCAAGCACCUCCCACCCGCAGCUCUCCACCUCAUUGCCUACUACAGAGAGAACAAGGACCGUGAGGACAGGAAGAGCGCCCUCUCCUGCAUCAUCUCUAAAACCGCCCGGCUGCUCUCCAGCGAGGAUCGUGCCCGCCUUCCCGAGGAGCUGCGGGGGAUUGUGCAGAAGCGCUUUGAGCUCCUCGAGCACCGGAAGAACUGGGCCUCCAUGACUGAGGAUCAGCGGAAGGAAUACUUGAAGAAGAAGCGGGAGAAGUUGAAGGAGAAGCUGAAGGAGAGAGCCAGGGAGCGGCGGGUGAAGGAGAUGAUAGAAAAGUUGGAGAAGCAGAAGCGCUACGAGGACCAGGACAUCAAAGGGAACAACCUGCCCACCUUCAGGCUUGUGGACACUCCUGAGGGACUCCCCAACACCCUAUUUGGGGAUGUGGCCAUGGUGGUGGAGUUCCUCAGCUGCUAUUCAGGGCUGCUGCUGCCAGACGCCCAGUACCCCAUCACGGCCGUCUCCCUCAUGGAAGCCCUGUGUGCUGAGAAGGGGGGCUUCUUAUACUUGAACAGGAUCCUGGUCAUUCUCCUGCAGACCCUGCUGCAGGAUGAGAUUGCGGAGGACUACCGUGAGCUGGGCAUGAAGCUGUCGGAGAUCCCCCUCACCCUGCACUCUGUUUCUGAGCUAGUCCGCUUGUGCCUGCGCAAGUCGGAUGUGCAGGAGGAGAGUGAGGCCUCAGAGAACACGGAGGAGAACAAGGACCUGGCUGCCUUUGAGGACAACGAGGUGCAGGAUGAGUUCCUGGAAAAGCUGGAGACCUCAGAGUUCUUUGAUCUGAGUUCUGAGGAGAAGCUGCAGAUCCUCGCCGCCCUCUGCCACCGGAUCCUGAUGACCUACUCUGUGCAGGACCACGUGGAGUCCAAGCAGCAGAUGUCAGCUGAGCUGUGGAAGGAGCGGCUGGCCGUGCUCAAGGAGGAGAACGAUAAGAAGAGGGCGGAGAAGCAAAAGCGGAAGGAGAUGGUGGCCAAGAGCAAGGAGAAUGGCAAGGAGGAGAGCAGCUAUACAGGGAAGGGGGAGAAGAAGAAAGGAGAGGCUGUGGCAGCAGUGGCAACAGAGAAAGGGGUCAAGACGGAGCCACGGGUGGAGUUGGAAGCGGAAGACAUGAUCAGCGCCGUCAAGAGCAGGAGGCUACUGGCCAUGCAGGCCAAGAAAGAGAAGGAGCAGCAGGAGAUGCAGAUGAGAGGUAAUGGUGAUUCAAGGCCCAGAAAUGCCACUGUGGAAAGAGAAGAGAGGCUGUAAGCUCCUGUUCCUGCUGAACCUCUGAUUCCAACCUCUGCAGUGGAACCCCUAGGGAAGGGGGUGGGUGGGUGGAGUUUGUGGAGAGGGAUUCCCUGCUGCUCAGCCUUGGUGGAGGCCUGUGUUCCACUGAUGUCACAGCAGGCAGAUCUGAGCUAUCUGUGUAGGUCUUCACCAGAAGCAUUUUGUUCAUAGAGGCCCCCUAGGCCAGAAACUCCCAGGUUUGGUUGUUGAUGUCAUGCCCAUCCUGCUCCUUAAGGCCUCCAGUCCUGACACCCAAGCACUGUAAACAUUUGCAUAGUGACUGCCCUUUGCUCAGUCCCCUUUUAAGUGUGGGUUGGUGGCGGUAAGUCACCUGGGGGCUGUUUCACCUGCUCAGUAUCUCAACAUUUGAUGUCUGUAGCUGAAGGUGUACCUGUGUUCCAUGGGACGCUGUGGUGCACCGGAUCUGGAUAGCCCCUGGAUAUGAGAGCCCCGGAUGGGGCUCUCAUAGCCCCAGCCCCAUGCAUUUUCACUUGGCAGAUGUUCCACCUGUGAACCAACCCUAAGUUUGGUUGCUUUUCUCCACCCCCCACCCCAUACAAAAGUGUGUGUGAAUGCUUCCCUGAUUGAAACAAUGUGUGUUUCCUGAUUGGCUCUUAAUUGAAGGAAGGGAUAGAGCCCUCUUAUGAGAGAGCAAGUUAGUUUCUCACCAAACUUUAAAGGUGCAAGAGCUCACACUGCUGGGUUUUGUUCCUUUUUCUUCCCCACCAGUGAAGCUUGAAAGAGAAGCAGAAGAGGAGAGAAUCCGCAAGCACAAAGCUGCAGCUGAAAAGGCCUUCCAGGAUGGCAUUGCCAAAGCCAAGCUGGUCAUGCGCAGGACACCUAUUGGCACAGACCGUAAUCACAACAGGUAAGGGUGAGGAAUGGAGAAUCUGGCUGUGUGGCAGUUGGGAAGCUGCCCGGAUGGACCAUUUGGCUGUGUGGCUCAGUGGGGUGGGGAGCCUGAGGCCCUCUAGAUGUUGCUGGACUCCCAACUCCCGGCAGCUAGCCUGCUCCAGUGAUCAGGAAUGAUGAUGGGAGCCGGGAACUCAACCGCAUUUGGAGGGCUGCAGGGGAGAGCCCAUCCCGGGGGGGGGGGGGGAGAGGUAAGAAGUGCAAGUUCUGAAGUGCAAAACUCACUACACAGGAGCCCUGGAGGCAGAGAGAGCACAUGGGGAUCGAUGAUGGUUAGUCCGUGGUUAGCCAAUGUGGGGCCGUCCAUAUGUUGCUGGAGUCCCAACUCCCACCAUUCCUCAGCGUUGACCAUGGGUAGCUGGGGCCAAUGGGAGUUGGGAUCCAGCCACAUCUGGGGGACCACUCCUCUGAUUGGCAGCAACUCGCCAGGGUUUCUUUAGUCAGAUCAUCAUAGGAACACAGGAAACUGCCUCAUAUCAAGUCAGAGAAUUGAUCCAUCUAGCUCAGUAUUGUCUAAGCUGACUGGCAGUAAUGGCUCUCGAGGGUUUGGUGGGAUGGGUCUCUUCCAGCCCAUGUGGAGAUGACACGGAUUGAACCAGUGAUCUUGAGCAUGCAAAACAGUUGCUCUUUCCACUGAGCUACAUGGGCUUUCUCUGUAGUCCAAGGAGGAGGCUUUUCUUCCCUUUGCUUCUGCUCAUUUCCCUCCUGCUGCUGCUUGAGACACCCAUGUCUCUGCUUUGCAGCCUGUUCACUGCUUGCUCUGUUUGUAACUUCAGCUGGGUUCCUCCUGCCAGCACGUUGCUGCCCUUCCUGCAUCUUGGUCCUAUAAGACACCCUCCUAAAGACUGUUAUUAGUCAUCACAAGCACUGUACUGCCAACAUUCUACAGCCUAUGCUUUUUCCUCAGUGACCUGGGUGUUUCUUGGCAAAGUUGCUCAUCUCAUAAUACCUGGUGCCUCUCUCACACAAAGAUCUGGCAUCUAUCUGGUCUCUCUAGGUAUUGGCUGUUCUCUGAUGAAGUUCCCGGGCUGUUCAUAGAGAAAGGCUGGGUACAUGAUGGCAUCGACUAUAACUUCAUGCCUCCCCACAAGGAGGAGGAGGACGAUGAGGACGAUGAGGAGGAGGAGGAAGAGGACGAUGACUACCACCAACAAGGCAAGGCUGACCAUUCUCACAGGUUCUUGGUGAAGUUGCUGGAUGUAUUGGGCGGUAUUUGUCUUGGAGUUGACCCAUUGAAAUUAAUGAACAUGGCUAAGUUAGGACCAUUAGUUUCAGUGGGUCUACUCAGAAUAAAACAGAUGAAUAUCACUUGCUAUAUUUGAGAGUAUGAGUUGCUGAAUUUCUCAGCAAGAAAAAAAAAACUGAAGCAAGUUAAUCAUUAAGCAGCCCUUAAUCAGAAAUUGUCCUCCGUGGCCUGUGAAACAGCUGCCUCCAUUUGGUGGGGAAGCAGGUGCUAGGGCUUCGCUGGGCCUUUGUUCACGUCACUGGAGGACAAGCCCUGUCAGCCAGCUAUUCGUUUUCUUGUGCUGGACAGGUUGCUUGAAGCCAUGUUGUGCACUAAGCAACCAUUCAGGAACAACUGGCAUGUUAUUUUAAAGUAAGAGCCCACAGAGCAGCGCUCUGUAGAAGGCUUCUCUUAUUUAGGGGCCUGAGUGCCCAGUUGACUUGCUUUGCCUCUGGGGUGCUCAAAGGAAGCUGUGGGUCAAAGGAUGAUGAUGACGAUAGUGGUGCUCCUUGUUCACUGUGUGUGUGUGUUGCUUGCAGACACUCAGGAGAGCCUGGUGGAGGGCAGCGUCUUGAACACUCCGCAGGGCGCCCUACUCAUCCCGGAAAUCCCUGUGGAGACCACGGCGCCCAAGCAGGGACAGAACCUGUGGUGAGACUUGCUCUUGGCAAUAGAGAUGUGUGGGUUCUUGCCCACCAGUAAAAUUGGGGAUUUAGAGGUGGGGGGAGCAUGCAACAGCCGGGAGGUGAGAGAGUUUCUCAGCGCUCUUCAGAUUAGGAGGCUCCCUUGCGCAUGGCAUCUUCAAAGGAGAGCCAGGCAGCAGCCCUCCUGGCUUGCAGAAGUGCAACCUGGAUUUUGCCAGUAGGCCUGCUGCAUCCCAUUGCAUUUGACACCACCCCCAUGUGGCGAAAAGGUUCCACUAUGUGUUACAUUUGCUUUGAUCAAUUAACUGCUGUAUGCUUGAAGCUUCUCAGCUACGCAGCUGAGUCUUGGGCUAAUUGGCAGAAAGGCUUCUGGAAUCUGCUCUGUACAAAGUACUCAGUACUGCAGGGUACAAGAUCUGUUAAUUAAACUAUUGUUUAAAGGUGGCUAGAGAGCUGUGUAAAAUGUAGGACUCACAGCCCCACCCUUGAGGGGGUGUCAUGGACGGCUAGGCCUCUCUCUCCAGCUGAGCUGUUCGGUUUUCACAUCCCAUGCUGAUGUGCCUCUUUACCAGCAGGGGGCAGUAAUAGAAGUCCUGUUUGUGCAAUGAGUCAUGGCCACAUUCCCUAGCUUAUGGUUUAGCAUUUAGUCCCUCUUUUGCUUCAGGAAAAAUGGCAAUCCAGAACAUUUAAAUUUACGGCAGCUUGGUGUGAGAGUGGAACGUGGUCUUCUCUGAUUGAAACAUGUUUAAACGAUUUGAAGACUUUGUUAGUGGUGUGGGCUGGUGAGAGACUGGGUUAUGGGUGCCCACCUGUCUCUUGGUGUGAGCUUUAUUUUCCUGCUGCUGAGAGUGGCAUUGAGUAAGGUGUCUGGUCUCCUCCUCCAGGUUUCUCUGUGACAGCCAGAAGGAGCUGGAUGAGUUGCUGGCCGCCUUGCACUCGCAGGGGAUAAGAGAGAGCCAGCUGAAGGAGCGACUGCAGAAGAGGUGAGGACUCACAGGCUGUUUUUUGAGUAUUGUGGAGGAGCGUCCCUGGAUGCUGGUCAGGCAAGGGAGGGAGAAGAAGUUGGCAUUUGAUGCCAGGAUCGUUUCAAGGGCUGGUGAAGAGCAGUUUGGAGGAGUGGGGUGUUGUUGUUUUUUGAAGCCAUCAGGUCACCUCUGUGUUCUUUUUUGCGGCUUUUCUCCUUACGCAAUGAUCCUUUUCUUGGGGUUUGGGAUUUACAAGAGCACAAAUCUUUCACAUCUUGGACAAAUGUUUGUGGAGGGAUAAAAUUACUGAGUGGGUUUGCUGGUGUUGCUGCAAGUGUAGACUUUUAGGCGCCUUAGUGCUUUUAACAAACAUUGUACGUAACAAUGCAAUUGCAGCACUACAUGAGUGAUCCUUUAUGGGCCAUUGUAUACUUCUGGACAAGACUGUGGAAGUAUUUAAAAAUUCUUUUAGGCACCAGCAUUAAAUCAACCCCUAAAUUUCUGAGCAUCAGUGUAAACCACUGGUAAACCAGUGGUUUGGCCCAAUGAGCUCACACUGCUGAUUCAGAAUGGCAAAUAAACAUCCUCAUGCUUGGAGUGUGUGUCAAAAUACAAACCUUCAGGUUAUAGAGCUGGAUAGUUCUGCAACCCUCAUAAGGUAACUGAGCAUCGUCUAUGUCUGAGGACCCUUGCUUAGGCUAGAUAACUCUUCUGUAGAACUCGGAAGGUAACAGAGCAUCUCCAAAGGCCCUACCUCAUGAGAGAGACAGUCAGCUAUACAUAAUGACCGUAUAUUGUCUCCUCUCCCAGAUAUCAGGACAUCACUCAUUCCAUUCACUUGGCUCGGAAGCAGAACCCAGGUCUGAAGUCUUGUGAUGGCAACCAGGAACUGCUGAACUUCCUGCGCAGUGACCUCAUCGAAGUGGCCACCCGGCUGCAGAAGGGAGGCCUGGGAUACAUCAGCGAGGCAGAGUUUGAAGCCAAGGUGAGCACCAGCAUUGCAAGAGGUGGGUGGCUUAACAGUAAUCAAUCACCCAGGCAGGGCUUCUCAGCUUGGAAGCAGCUGUCAAGUGUAGUCUUGCUGACACUGGGCCUUGGCUUCCGGGCAUCCCUCUGGGUGGGCCACAUAGCCCUGGACUAGCUCUUUGCUUUGAAGUCCAGAAGCUCCUACUAUUAAAGUGUCUUCUGAAGGGUCAUGUUUGCUGGUGGUACCUAAAGCCAACAACACUGGGAGACUUGCUUUGAAUUGGGGCAGUGGUGAAGGAUCUGCCUUCUAGGAGCUGGGGAAUAUUCCUGGUCCCUGAAACAGAUGCACAUUAAUUGUUGCUGACCACGGGGCAGGCAGACUUGAGUUUGCAGCAGAGUUGAAGCCCUGAUGAACCUCAGGAGCUGCUUGCUGAUACACUAGGGGGCUCAGACAAAACAGUGCAGUGUGCCACUGGCUGGGUUGGCUGGGGAAAUGUCUCCAGGCCAGGCGAGACUUCCGAGGUCCCUGCUCUUCCAGCACAGAGAGGCUGUAGCCACGUUCUUGCCAGUUAUCCCAUCUGGGGAGCUCACCUCUUAGUUGCUUGGAUAAAUGAGAGCUGCAAAGCCCCUCUGCACAUGAGAAGGGAAUCAUAAUAAGAAUGUGUUUGUGCCUUUUUGAUCAGGUUUGCACACUGGAGAGCCUGAAGGAUUUCGGGGAGUGCGUGGUUGCCCUCCAGGCCAGCGUUAUUAAGAAGUUUCUGCAAGGUUUCAUGGCCCCCAAGCAGAAGAAGAGAAAACAUCAAGGCGGGGAGGAUGCUAUUGCCAAGGCAGAGGAGGUGGAUGAAGAGAAGAGGGUGGCGGAAGAAGCCAAGGUCUGGAUCAGGACAGAUAAAGUCGGAGGGAGGGAGGAUGGGAGGAUGGGCAGAGAAGCUUGGGCAGCUGGCAUGAAACUGUCGCCGCUGUUGCAGGUUGCAGGCAUGGAUGGGAAUAGGGGUGAAGGAAUGAGGGCAAAGGCCUUUGCUUCCUUGCCAGAAUUAUGGCAGGGAAGAUACUUUAUCCCCUGUCAAACCAAACAAAGAGGAAGAAGCAGCUGCUGCUAGCUGAGCCUUCUGGAAGAACAAAACUGACUCCAAUUCCUGAACAUCUUACCUUGAAAUAAAUUGGGGGUGGGACUUGCUUCCAGGUAGGCUUGAUGAGUGUUGGGCUGCAAAGGGGCUAAUUCUCUGUUCUGAAUGGAGAGACUUUCCAUGAGGAUUACUCACCAAUUUCAGAUAUCAGAAUGGGGGAUCAAAGACCUUUUCCAGCUUGUCUUUCACAUCCCCUGGGCUGUUCUCACUCUCCCAAAAGUCUCUGCAUUGCCAGCAGCUGUUUUUCUUUGGCUCUGUGGCUCCUGUGAGCUGCCUGGUCCACCUUCUAUCUGUUUCUCAUCCUCCCUAUUGGACCAUUGGUGGUAACAGACAGUAUUUAGAUGACCAGUGGAAACACUGUGUGGACAGAGGCCAGGCCAACGGGUCAGAAAGGCAAACUGCAGCCCACCAGGCUCUUGGGUGGCCACUUGGCCCCAAGGCUGCCCUCUUCCCUGCCCUGGUUCCUUGACAGCAGGUGAUGGAUGGCCUUGAACUGGCCUCAUUUCGAGACAGAUACUUCUGUCUCCUUGGCCAUAAAUUGCCCCACCUUUAUGGCUGACAGAACCCAGUGUUGGUGUGUCUUGCACGUCUUUGUGUUUUGUUUGGUACUUACCGGUACUGUCAGCUGCCCAAGGUAGAUUGCUGCGCAUUGCAAAAGUUUCUCAUUUGACAAGACAGGCAAGGGCAGUUAGUGUUACUGGGGAAGGCCACUCUGGGCCUCCCAUGUGCCCUUUGGCCCUUCAGCUGUGGGCAUUUCUCUGCCUUUUUCUUCCCUUUUGUAUUACCAACUGGGAGCAGAUGCCUUUGGUUGGGGCAGUGAGUCACCUGAGGGAGAAGCCCUCCCUCCCUCCCCCACCCCGGUUUUAUAGUGCCUGGGAAGCCACACUGGAAGCUUGAUGCUUUCUCCAGUGCCUGGAUCUGCUGCAGGUUUAUCUUGGCCCGUCAUCUUAGCAGCCGAACUCUGGGAGGAGCUUCUUGGAAAGCUGAUGUGUCUGAGAAGGCCCAGGGCACAUUCCGGGGGGAAAACAGACAGGCUGAUCAGGCUCCCAGCCUUCCCCACCGCCUUGGCUGCUGCCUCUUGCUCCAGGUACUGAACCUGGGAGCCAUGAGGAGGGAAUUCUAGACUGGGGCGAGCGAGCCACUGUUUUUUUAGGUGUCCCAUUCACACUGCACUUCCUCUGAUUCAGUGGGAGGGGAAUGUGCAACUCUGCAGAAAUCCAGGUUUUGCUUGGCUCCUGAACUGCUGUUAGCAGCAGAGCUCAGCCAUUCCCCUUGAAGCUCGACUGCCCUGACUAGGAGUAAGCAAACUGAUGCUGUGAGCUUUCCCGCUGCUGGUGCAGGAAAACAGGGCUGGGGGGUGGGCACAGUGGUUGUGGACAAGCGCCCCCCCCCCCCCCGUUUAUCUGGCUCUUGAUAGCUUCUGUCACAAAGGGACAAAGGGUAGGUGUCCUGGCUGAGUGGAGCUUGGGCUAGAACUUGACGUGCCUGCACAGUUCUGACCCCUGAAGACAUUCCAGACAUGAGGACUUCUUCCUUGGGGCUGGUGGCUGCUGCCACCACUUGCCCACUAGGCAUCACCUCUGGGCUUGUCCAGGGCACCAUUACUCAGAGGUGCCGCUAGAGGGCAGGCCAGGCUCUUCUCGGGCUCCAGGCCCUGAACUUUGCCUCUCCAGCUGUCCCUGCAAUUAACAGCUAAAGUUCUUGGCUGUUUGUUUUUCCUUGAUGGACAAGGAUUUGGUUUGGAUUUCAAAGUCAAGAAUGCAGCCCCCAGUUUCAGGCUGGCUGUGUGGGAUAUGUUGAGCAAGGCUUGUGGGCCUCUGAGCUGGCGGUUGGGCAGGGGGUGGGGGUGGAGGAGAGGAAUGUGUGCUGUCGCCUGAAUGGCAGCUGCCAAGAGCCCCAGGGAAAGGCUGAGAAUGCCUCUUGAACCGCCUCCUCUGCCCCCAGGUGGCUUCCGCCCUGGAGAAGUGGAAGCUGGCCAUCCGCGAAGCGCAGACCUUCUCGCGCAUGCAUGUGCUGCUGGGCAUGCUGGACGCCUGCAUCAAGUGGGACAUGUCGGCCGAGAAUGCCAGGUGCAAAGUCUGCCGCAAGAAAGGUGCGUGUGUCAGGCCUGGGGGCAUCCAGGGCUUGGGGUAGAGGGAAUCAUGCUGGGGUUGCAAUAGGCAGUUGCCCUCCCAGAGAGAGUAGCAGAGAUGUGGUCAGUGCUUCCUCUUUUAUGACAUGGGGGGGGGCGCUUCCUUCCAAGGCUAUUGUACCCACAGCAUCAUGCUGACUUUUGAUAUCCCCUCCGCUCCCAAAUGGGUGGGGCAGUGAGGGCCCCUUGCAACAACAGUCCCUUUCUGGGUCCUUUCAGAGCAAGCAUUUGGAUCCUUCCAUCCCCUCAGGGCCAAUGCUUGCCCUUCACGGGUGUGAGCCCAGGAAUUUCAGUGGGCCUACUCUGACUGGUCUCCUACCUGAGUUUCAUUUCCCUCCCUUAAUCUUUCUGUCUUUCUACUCCCUGCUAGGUGAAGAUGACAAGCUCAUUUUAUGUGACGAGUGCAACAAGGCCUUCCAUCUUUUCUGCCUGAGGCCGGCCCUCUACGAGAUCCCAGAAGGCGAGUGGCAGUGUCCGGCUUGCCAGCCUUCUGUUGCCAGGCGCAGCUCCCGGGGCAGGUGAGGUUUCUUUUGCUGGUUAGGAAGAGGCAGCUGGCCUCAGUGUGGGCUUUGCUCCUCUCUUAUGGUCACGGUAAAGCAUCCCUGGAAAUUGGGAUGAAUGGGCUGGCCACAUCUACCCAGGCCAGGCCUUUUUCCUGCCAGCCCCAGGUGGGAAGGCUGAAUGCAAUUCCAAAAGACAUGUGCGUGUUCUCCAGUUCAGGAGAAUUGGAUUCCGAGGCUGCUUUUGGCUUGGGCUGCUGGCAAGCAAAACCCACCUCAAGCUGACAUGGCACAGCAAGGGAAAACAAGGUGGCCCACUGCAGGACAGGGCUGCUGAGGCCUCUGGUCUACCACAGCCUUUGAGGAAGCAAACUCCUGAUUCUGGUGUGUUGAACCUUCCCUGUAGAAACUAUGCUGAAGACUCUGUGGAAGAGGAGAGUGAUGCUGGGGAGGAGGAAACCGAUGAAGACGACGACGAUGAAGGGGAAGAGGAAGAGGAGGAAGACUAUGAGGUGGCUGGAUUAAAACGUACGUACUUUUUCUCUCCCCCCACAGCAGGUCAAAAAUGUCCUCUUCCUAAAUCUGGCAUGACCGGCAGGCAAUUCUGGGCUAAGGAGCUGCCUGCCAAUGCCACCAAGCCAUCAACAGCCUUGUUGGUGAGGGGGUCUUUUCUGGAUAAUAGCUGGAUUGCUUGAGGCAGGACCACUAGCCAAACUGGACUUUGCCAUGCUCUGGUAGGAGGUCUGUCCUGGGUUUCCCACUCAAUCCCAUUCCUGAAAUUGCAGGGCCCUCUUUCCUGUCUCACACAGCAAUGCUUCACUUGCCGCGGUGAGGUGGAGGUAGAGACAGGGGUCUGAAUUCAAACUGUGUGCAGUCAGUGGCUAGGGGAGCAAGGCUGAAAUUUCUGGAAGCGGGUGGAAGCGAUUGGCAAUGUUAAAAAGUGCCAUUAUGUUUUUAAUCGUAGCAGCCUUUGGUGGUGGAAAUGUUUGAGGGCUGCAACCUGCAUCCCAACAUUCUUGGGCUUGGGGAUUUUCCGGACUGUGUAAUACUGUACAGAAGCAAUUGAGAUGUCACUGACGUGCAGGCCUGCCCUUUGACUGGAGCAUAAAUGCUAUGACAGGCUCACGCAGGCUUCUGAAAUGCCAGCAGCGGAUGAUUUCACAUGCCCUGGAUUGCCGCAGAGGUGUUGCAGCAAGAGGACUGCCCCAGGCAGUUUCCCCUUGCUGUGUUGUCCGAAGUUGCCAUGUUUCCAUCUAUAACUAUAACAAAGCUUGGCUAUUAGCGGAGAUGUCAGAAAGCUGAGUUAGGCAGAACCAAAUGAUUGUGUACGUCAGGGGCUCUGAGCAAACAGCUCCCCUGGAGAAUGUGUUGGACUUCAGAGUGUCAGCAACAGUGAAUGUGUUGCACUUCUCCCUUAAUACCUUGUAGUUGAUGAUUCAGCUCCUAACACACAUCCUGCCCAUUGCUUUGCUAGAAGUCAGUUUAUUCAUUCAGUUAGUGGAGCUGGGGUGGGGGUAGGUGGUGUGUGUGAAUGUUCCCUCUUGAUUAGAGAACUGAGGUGUGUGGGAAAGCCUUGGGAGAGGGCUGAGCAGAGAGCUCUUCUCUUUUGCUGGCUUUGUAGGUCCAGUGAGUCUCUUUCCACAGAAGACUAUUGAAACAUGCAAUUCCCCUCACAACUACCUGUUGUCUGGGGAACUUCUUGCCCCUUGAUUCUGUUGCAUGUGUAAACUGGCCACAAGUCUUGGAUGGGUUCAGGUAACCAUGUUAAUGGAAUGGUUAUUGUAAUCAACUGGCCACCUGGUCUCUCUCUCUUAGGAAAUUUCCAUGACACCUGGUAACCCAGCGGCAUGAAAGUCCUUUUUGUUGGGUCAGUUCUCUCUUAGUCUCUUAGUUUCUCUCUCUCUCUCUCUCCCUUCUCAUCAAAUCCACUUAGGGCUGUAGCCAAAUUAAACUUUCCUCAGAGUGGACCCGUUUAAAUCCAUGGAGCUACAUUAUCUAUGUCCUUUGUGCAAUCUGAAUCGCAUGGGGGAAGCUGCCCGCUGAGCAGGCUGCUACGGGGUGAGGUUUUGCUGAGGUGGCCUUGUGCAUUGUAAGCGUGCCUGCUGGCGGAACUUGUCCAGGCUCCUUCCUGCCUAGGCCCAAGCGGGUCGCUGUCACUAAAAAUAAAGCCUUAAGCCCCGGCCCCAGCUUGACGAGGCGUUUAAUCAGGGGAAGGUCACUGUGGAGAAAUCUCCCCUUUCGGCAGCGUUCCGCUUAAUCCUGGGCGCGGUGUUGAUCCUGAAGGCUCUCCUGAGGAAUGUUGGACUGCCGGGCAUUUAGCUCUGACUAUGCUCUCGACGCAAGGGAGAGCCAGCUCAGGAGCCAGGUGCCUUGUGGCGGCCUCUCUGGUGGUUGUUUGGCUCCCAAGGAAGGCCAGCGCUCCUUCCCUUGCACUGGAGUCUCCUUGUUCCUGCUGGCAGGAAUUGCUGCACACCCAGCGCCUGCACAAGCUGCCUGCCCUUGUGGCUUAGGAGGUGCCUUAGCUCACCAGGACAGCCACUUGCUGGUGUCUGGGAUGGUUCUUAGCGCAACCCGUCAUGUUUUUCUUGGGACAUCUAAAACUGGCACUUGACCUGCUGGGAGAAGCUGGUGUUAGGGCUUCUGCACUCCUUCCCUUUGUCAGCUGCCUUUAAGACCAUAGGUGUGCCCCACCUACCUUACAUGAGGUCUCCCAGUUUUAGCAACGUGGCUGCCUUGUGUGCCUUCAGGGCGAGACCCUGGGAAGAAAGGAAGGCAAAGAGCAAGAAGUUUAGUCCUGUGCUAAAGCAGCAAACCAUAAACAGGCAAUUCUCCAAUUGCACACUCGUGCUGGCAAAUGUGCUGUUUUCCGCGCAGAAUGGUGGCGGGGCAGAAUGGGGGAUCCCCUCACAUAAGUGGGAAAUCAAGGAAGAGCUGCAGAUGGGUUAGCAAGGAGGUGUUUGGCGUCCAUCAUGAGUAAUGUGCGGGUGGGGGAUGCGACACCAUUUCCUUGCUGCCACUUGGGCUCCCCCCCCCCCCCCACGACUAACUCCUUGACUGCCCUCUUUGUCUUACAGUGAGGCCCAGGAAAGCAGCCAAGGGGAAGCAAGGAGGCCCUGCUGCAGACCCUCCGAGGCGGAGCCGGCACCAAGGGAAGAAAAGGGCCCUGCACGGCACUCGCAGUUCCCGGCAGCGGCCGGCUCCUGUCAGCGAAGCAGACAUGGAUGAGCUGGUAAGAGCCACAACCCCCCCCCCCCGCCCCACCCCCAGGUGACAGGUGCCUCUGUGCAUCUCCCCUUGCCAAGAGGCUCCUCCCUCAGUAUUGUCCAGAGAGGUCUCAGGCAGGGCGGUGCAAGUAUGCCAGGCAUCCCUCCAGGGAGGCUGUGUGUGUGCAUCUCCCCCUUCUCCUGAUGAGCAGGAAGCUUGUUAAAGGCUCUGAAAUAGCCGCCAGCGCUGCAGGAGCAGCCGUAUGUCUCUGGCGAGAGGCGGGGGGGAAGGGGAGCAUGGUGGGUUGUUGGCAUUCCUGCAAUGCAAAGCACUUGCGUCCCUUCCGAUGUCUCCCUAAGGAGGACAUUUGUUGCCCAGGUUGCCUGUCCCUGAGCAUAAUUCAGCCAGCUUGCAUUUUGCUUGACGUUUCAAAGAAGAUUGUAGGCCUUCAUUCUCUCCCUCCCACCCCCCUUGGUAGUUUCUUGAGUGGCUGCUCCUGCCUGCCUGCCUGCCUGCCUUUGUGGAUUGUCCCUACAUCCGUUAGUGGCCACUUCUAGGGAGCGUGUUGCAGAGUGCAGCUUAUGGGCUCACGUGGGUCGUGCUGCUCUCUUGGCCUCCUCCCAAUCUCAGAUCUUGAAGGAGCAACACUCUCCACCUAGGACAGUUCAUCCGCUGGUUCUCCAAGUGCCAGGCUUUCCUUUCACUGCCAGCUGCUUCCUCUUCCCUUUGGCUAGCCCUGCACUGGCCCUGCUGCCCCUCCAGUCCCUUGCUGUGUGUGAAGGGCUGACCUUGGACCUUGCUCUCCUCGCUCCAGCGCAGCAGGGCACUCAGCUGCUCUUUGGCAUCCCAAAUCUGGCCACCGGGCUCCUUCCACAGCCUGCUGCAUCUCCUCCUGCUGCAGGCUGUGUGUUGCUGGGUGGGUCACAGUUUCCCUCCUCACUGAUCCCUUGGCUGCUUUUGAAGCUCUUUGAAGACGCCUGCUGCCCCCUGGGGAGGAGUGGGGCUGCCUGGAAAGCGAUCCGGCUGGCUCUCCUCUGGGCAGGGCUCCUGAAAUCCAAGCUGGCGGCUUGUAGGGGUGGGGGGCACGUUCCUUGGCUGCCCCAUCAAAGCUCUGGCAGCCGCCCCGUUUGUUUGGGGCUUUAUUGCUGGUGGGCCUUGGAAGUCCUGAGUGUCGCUUUGUACCAUGAUCUUGGCUGUCCCUGCCCACCUGCUCUCCCUUGGGAGGCUUCGCUGAGCUGCUCCUCCCCACAGGCGCACCUGCUCUUCCCAGUCGGGGCCGCUCGGCGUGUGCCCUGCAGCAUGUGCUGGCCCCCUUGGCUUCCAGGGGUGUGUGCUGGGCUAGAUGGGGAGGGAGGAGGUUUAUUCUGGGCAGCCUCAGGGGAGCUCUCUCACCUCCUCCUGUCUUCUCCCAGAUGUACCCAACAAAGAAGAUAUCUCGCCGGCAGAACCUGGAGCUGCAGAAGUGCGAAGAAAUCCUCAACAAGCUUGUCAAGUAUCGCUUCAGCUGGCCUUUCAGGUGAGGCCCCAGGAGGGAAAGGCCCCUUGCUGAGCCCCGCACAGAACCUACCCCACAUCCUGCCAGGCUCCCGCUCUGCCCCCUUGAAUCUGUGUUCCGGCUGUUUCACUUGGAGUCACUCUGGAAGGGCCCUCCUGCCAUCCAUUCCUUCCAUUCAGGAGGGCGGCGUUGACUGACGCACAGUGACAUGGCACCUUCCGGGUUAGUGACACAGUGUGUCCAACCUAGCCCUUGUGGCUGGGAACAAUUGGCAGCCUUCCUCCACAAACUUGCCUAGUUCUCUCUUAAAGCUGCCCAAGUUGGUGGCUAUUGCUGUGUCUUGUGACAGUGAUAAGUAGCGCUGCUUAAACAAUGUGCUGUGUGAAGUCCUUUCUUUUGUCUGUCCAAAUCUCCAAGCAUUCAGCUCUGUUGGAUGGCCCUGCUGAGCUCCAAUAAUGCAUGAGUGGGAGAAAAACUCUUCACACAGCACAUAAUUUGAUAUAUCUCUGCCCGGUCUCCAGCCUUUCUAAACCAAAAAGCUCCAAACGCUGGAGCCUUUCUUCAUAGGGGAAUUGCUGCAUCUCCUUUACCAGUUUGGUUGCUGGGUUUUGAACCUUUACAUGCCCUACAGGUAAGGCAGAUAAAGGUCCAAAAACCAGCAACCAAACUAAGGCGAGUCAACCAGAAUGGUCCACAAUAUUCAAAGUCCAGUUGCAACCCUCAGCUUGUACAGUGGCCUUGCGAUACGGCCAAUUGUAUUUUCAGUUCCUUUCCUAAUGAUCCCCAAAAUGGAAUUCACUUUUUCCACACUCCACACUGAAACACUGGAAGAUAUCACCUGCGCAAAUUGGGUAGAAACAAUUAAAUGAUCACUGAGUGGGUAUCAUGUGAAACAGAAUAACUGGUGAUCCGAGGGGAGUUCCUUUGUAAUCCACACCCACCUCCCAAAAAUUUCCUCAGCUGUGCCAACCCUUUCCUGCUUCUCCCCGCCAGGAGGCUACAAAUAACCAGCAUUCUGUGCAGUGUUUUUUCACAGGUGCAUGGAGAUUCUUGGCUUUUUCAAAAGAAGAGUUAGGCUCAUGGCCUAGUGGUGGGGGAUGGGAGAGGAGAGGGUUCCUUUCUGUGCCUCUUGCGCCUUGAUGGUGACUUUUUCAGGGAGUGUUAGUCUCUGACCACUUGGACAGUAGAAACAGGGAGGAGUGGCAGGCGAGGGUCAGGCCAAGGCAGCCUUUGGGCUGAUGCAGGUGCUGCCCUAGCUGCCCACUAACCCUGUGUCCUUCCUUGGCAGGGAGCCGGUGACCACUGAGGAGGCGGAGGAUUACUUUGAGGUGAUCAGCAGCCCCAUGGACUUCCAGACCAUGCAAAGCAAGUGCUCGUGCGGCAGCUACCGCUCGGUGCAGGAUUUCCUUUCUGACAUCAAGCAGGUCUUUGCCAACGCCGAGCAGUACAACCAGAAUGGCAGCCAUGUCCUCUCUUGCCUGGAGAAGACGGAACAGUGCUUGAUUGACAUGAUGCACAAACACCUCCCUGGCCACAUGUACUCGCGACGGAAACACAAGCGGCCUCUGGCCCCACCCAGCCAGGGACUGGAGGAGGUGGAUGGGGACAGCGACCCCGAGGCACUGGAGUACUCGAGGGGGCGGAAGAGGAAGAAAUGAAGGGCCGCCCCCUCUCCACGUUCCGGACGGGAUGCGGUUGGAGCCGGCUUUGCGCAGGCUGCAGCGAAGGGAGCUGGGAGGCGGCAGGGGCCACCUGGCUUUCCCUCAGCUCGCUCUAGCUUAACUCUCAGCAACUUCCUGAAAGCAUUUGAUCAGCCCUCAACUGGGAAAGAUGGCUUAGUAAUUCCUCAGCAGCAGCACAGGCAAUUCUUGCAGGUUUUUAGAAGGCAGGAGGGCCAGGGGGAUAAGUGGAGGGAGUCCCCUCUAGCCUGGGCCCAGCAGGGGAUGGGACGAGGGUCUCCUGAACCACAAUGGUCACCUUCCUCUCCUCUGCGGUCCUGGCAGCCAGGGACAGUUCCAGGCUGCCAUGCUCCACUUCGGAUGCCCAACCCCAUAGGCUGACGGAUUGUCUUUCUUGACCAGCCCCUUUGAGCAGAAGAAGAAGCCGCCUUGGAGGGCGGGCAAGCACUUACUUUUCCAGAGUGACUCCCCCUUUUUUUCACCAGCAUCUCUGUGCAGACCAGCUUUGGGGGUGCUUGUCUCUCUCCAGCCUCCUUAUUUUGGAUGCAGCAGAGGGAAAGUUGCUCUCCCCACCCUCCGGCCUCCCCUGCCCCAGGAGCAGAGUGUGAUAAAUCCUGCAGUUUGGCAGGAGGGACGCUGGUUCUUUGACUUUCAAUCUUUAUUUUUUUCUCUAGUUAAGAUUCUUGUUUCCAGCAGUGACCUUGUACAAAACACCUUGUAAGAUACAGUCGUCUUUGCUCUGACAUGUACUGUACAGUUUAUAUGAGGAUGUGUUUGCUUUAUAUUCCUUCCUCCUGGCCCCCUCUAUAAACCACUUGUUUUUUCUUAGAUAAAGUAGCUGGGAGUUGGCCCAGGGAACCCAUUGGGGUUGUACACUUCGUAGCUUCGUUCUUCCCUCUUUUCCUAGCCAUACCCCAUCCAGCCUGCCUCGUUCGUCUCCCCUUUCCUGAUGUUGGAAUCUGGAUUGGGUCAAAGGAGGGUCUCCUUUGCACAAUAAUCACCCAGGUGGAGAGGCAGCUCUUUUCUGCCUUGGCCACCUCACAGUCUUCUGUUUUGACUUUCCUCCAUUUCAAGCGGCAUUUAUUUCCCCACAACCUUUGAAUUCAAGGCUGUGGGAUUGCAAACAAGGAAUUCUCGCUCUCCCUGGCCACCUUUUGCUUCUCCUGGGGCACGGGAGGAUGUGGUGCUGAGGACUCCAGCCUGGGCUCUAGCACUGACAGACACACCUCUGGCGUUACUUGCAACCUGCCCACUUUCUCCCCUUCAGUUUUUGUUCUAUCAAGCCCUACCAACCCCAUCCCUUUCCAACCUCUACACGAUGAAACAUUUUUGGACUACAUUUUUUUAAAGAAAAGGUUGUUUGUUGGGGGAGGGGGGAAUUCUGCUAAGGGCUGUACUUGUAAUAAAUUGGAAAUAUAAAAGCAAAACUUGUUUUUCUUCCUGCUUGUAUUUACUGGUCUUUCUAGGGUCUGAGAAACUAAGCGAAAUUAAAUUUGGGGCCUGGCUGGAGAGGGUAAGGUGGUGGUGUCUUUACUCCAGCAUCUCUUGAUGAAGCCUGUGGCCUCUGCCUGCCUUCUCUUCUUCCUUGGCUGGGAUGGUUCUAAGGAAAAGUUCUGCCUUGGGGAUGGGGAACCUGCUGUGUUCCCAACUCCCAGCGGUCAGGAAUGAGGAAAGCUGGUAGGGCCCCAAUUAGCUGCCUCUGUUCUAGCUGCAGUGAAGGGCUUUUGUGCAAACCCACCUUUCUCAAACCAGGAGCCUGGACAGGGGCUCUCAGUGGCAAAGCAUAGACAUGUGGUAUUGGCAGUGUCACCUAGUUAAGGCAGCAAUCACAACUAAAUAAUCCCUGGCAGAUGGCCAUCCAACCAGUGUGGAGCUUUGCUCGUUGGUCCCUGCGCCACAGGGCUGCCUGCUGCAUCAAGGAGCUGCCUUUGGGUGGGCUACUGUUAAAGUUUGCAUACAAAAGCACACAAUGAACAGCUGUGUCCACAAAUAGGUUGAUUCAGAAGCAUUGACUUAAGGCAGAAAGAAGCUAUGCCUCCCACCCAUCCCUUCAUCACCGUGUCUUCACCCAGGCCAGAGACCACCAGGUCUUCCAAAAGCACCACUUCUUCCAGGAAUUGCCAGUGCAGCCCAGGACCCACCACCCAGGAGAGCCCUAAGAGAAGUUAGUGUGCCACUCUGGUGAAGAAUUAAGCUUGAUGGGUGAGGUAGCAGCAUUUGUGGAGCCUCAUAAUAGCGGGGGGCGUUUAAGAGAGAAGCCACUUGGUGCUAGCCCCAUUUCUAGGUAACAGACAGCUCCAUCCCAUUUUCAUAAUCCUGCCCUCCAGGAAGCCUGACUUCCCCAGAGGUGGGAGGGAAAGCCCCUGAAAGCUCCUCUGGUGGAAGCAAACAGUCUCCACGCGCAAACCAUCUUCUCUCCAGGCUCCGAUAUCCAGCUGCUUUCAGGGGGCUGUGAGAGGGAGGCGGGCGGAAAGAGAGCUUGUGCUUGCGGCUGCCAGAGUACAAAUAGGCCAUUUAUGAGGGCCAAUUGCAGAGGGAUUGCAGACCACCCUUGCUUGGCUCCACAUGUACACACCCCUCUUCUGCCUGGGCUGAGAUACAAAUACAGAAUUGGUGCCUGCACUUCUGCCGGGAUUACUUUGUAUGAAAUGAGGGGCCUGGUUCUUGGCAUUUUGCUUAAAUGCCUUCAGUGAGAACUCUAGAGACCAGCAGCCUUGUAGGGUUGAGAUUUAUCAGCUGUACAGCUUGAGCAUCUGACCCUCAACCCAUAACAGGGUGCUCUGUAGGUUGCAAGGCUUGGCUUGUGCCGUGCCUGAGCGUAGGAGCUGAUGCCCAAGAUCUGACCUCCCAUUAUACUGAUUUGCCCAGCCUCAGCCUCAAGCCACCACACAGCCGACCUGAAAACAACGCUCCACUUACAUCACCAGCUCCUGUAAAUACGUGAAGCUCUUUAAACACUGGAAAAGUUACAUCUUCGAAUGCUAAACGUGAUAUUUAAAGAAUCUGCCAGACCAGUCCUUUUUUUAAAAAAAAGGUUUAUUCAAUUAAUUUCUUGCUCAUUACCAAUUAGCAUCACUCCCUCAUGGGGGCACAUGGCCCAGAGAAGGUAGCUGCCUAUCUUGUUUGCAGCCUGGCUUCUUCAUGCAAGUCACCUUGCUUUUGGGUUAAUCUAAUCUUUGAAGCUGUCACGGGUGUUUGAAUAAAGAUCUUGGCAUGCCCAUCAAAACUUUAAAGCGAUGUGAUGUUUCUGUGUUUUCUGGGCUAGAAGGAACUUAGUGGUUUUAGUCUAGGGAAGCCAGACCCCCUGUGGGAAAACUCCUCUGAUUGCUUGGGGUCUAUGGGAUCAAGGCACUGCGGUCAAGUUGCGAAAUCUGGCUCUUGAGGGGCUUGGGUUCAGUUCCUGCCUCUCCCAUAGACGUAUAUAACUUCAUUUCUGCAAAAUGGGGAAAGUUGUGGCCUACAUCACAGAGGUGUUUACAGGAACAAUCAAAAUUGUAAAGUGCUUUACAUACAGAAGGGCCCUAGAACUGGCUGCUGCUGAUGAGAAACAAGCACCUGUUGGGUUUUUCAAGAACAAACUGCUUCAAAAUCCCAGCAAUCAUAUUGCUUGCAUGGAUGGCUGGGCAGGGAGGAUAGGAAUUACUCCAUCUGAUCUGAGCCAAAAGGGGCUUUGUGCUGCAGGCUGAGGGAUCCGGCAAGUGAGCCCCCUCCACAAUUUAGAGGUAGGCUUCGCCACCAGUCUUUGAACUUUUGCUUCCAAGCCUAUAUUUCUCUGCAGCUAAAGAAUGCCCAAUUUGUAUAACUGGUCAUAUACAUGCACAAGUGUGUUCAUUUCUUCCUCUGCUUUGCUUGCAGCAGCAAAAAUGUUGGGUGAGGGGUAUGCAGACUGAAAAAGUUGCCUGCAGAACCCCUACCUCCCUUUUUCACGUGCUGCACUGCACACCGCCUGUUCCCCACUCCCUGAAUUUGUAGCUUUGACAUAUUUUAUUUCUAAGCAGGAGCUUCUUUCUGAGACGAUCAAAGGGAUCAAAUGCAACACAAGACCUGUGCCACCUAGCUUUGGCCACACGGUGGCCUGUCUAGCAAAAUCAGAGUGCAACACUGACUGCAUGCUCUGUCUCUGGGAUUUCACCCCAUUUUGCAGCACACCCACCCCAAAAAAACAGGCGUGGGAAAGAAUUUUUCACGGAGAUUAAAGAUGUUUGAGAAGCCCCUCUUGUUUCAGCUCAGCCCUUGUCCAGCCAUCUAUCUAGAUCAGUGGUUCCCAAAAGCCCCCAACCACUUGAAAAUUGCUGAGGGUCUUGCUAGACCACUUAUUUUUCUGCCUGUUGCAGCAAAAUUCAAAAUGCAAUAGAACAAAUAAUAAAAAUACAACUGAAAAGCCAAGGGAAUAUUCAGCACACUGGAAGGGCCAUCUCCUGUCUUCAAACCACACAUCCAUAGACACACCAUGGCCCACUGGUGGUCUGCGGACCACACUUUGGAAACCCCUGGUCUAGAUAAGUCUCUUAUUUCAAGCGGAGGUCCUCUCUCUAGGAAAGUUGUGCCCAAGCCUGGAUUCACCAUGUGGGCCCAGGAAACCACCUGACAUAAUUUACCACUACUUUGCAACCCAUCGGCUAGAGAAGCCGAUCUCAAAAAAACAUUGUGCAAUUAAGAAAGUUGUCUAGAGCGUCUUCUAAUUGCCUCUGCCUUGCAUCCACAUACUGAAGGGAUGACACAGCCCCCGUGAAGCCUUUGCCCUCUGAUGCCACUUUUAAAAUUUAUUAAAGACAUCAAGCCCUGUUCCCCACCACCCUGGAGAGCUGCUGACAGUCAGUGUAAACAGACAAAGGGUCAGCUUGUUAAUUUACUAACUUUGGAAGAAGGACGUCUGUUUUUGCUGCCACAGUGCAAGGCAUGACAACUGAGAAUGCAACACACAUCCAGAGCAUCUAUGCACAUCCAUUGUGGGGCGGGGGGGGGGGAACACCCCCGUUGGAAGCCCAUCUCCAGGUUGACACCAUUAAAAGCUCUCCUCACUGGCUUAGCAAGGAAUCACAUGCCCGUUUGCAGCUGGCACCACUUGGGUGCCCUUCCUGGUGCUGCCCAGGAAGGCCACUCUCUGCAGGUGUCACUGGCACUGCCCCCCCCCCGCCUUCCUGGCAACACUUUGCUCUUUUCUACCCAGAGCAGAAGGACGGGUGUCCCUCGGCCGGCCUUGCCCCACAGUGCUGGUUGCCAGAUGUUGUGCCCCUGACCCAGGAAGAGAGCUGGUUAUCCCAGUGGCAUUUCCUACAGCUGGCAAGGGCAGGUAUGUGUGAGCAACAGGCAGCACAGAAGCUCCGCUCUGGGGUCAAAAACCCUGCUGGCGGUUCUUGGCAGCCUGGCUCCACAUCAGGUUUCGCCAACCAGGUGUCUUCCAGAUGUUUUGGACUACAGUUCCCAUCAGCCCCAGGCAGCGCAGCAGUAUUAUGACCCCAGAGGCAGUAGCAGCCGUAACCCAAAAGAAACUGGAGGGCUCCAGGUUGUUGAAGGCUGCUCUGCGUAGCUCCUCUUCCCAGGAGACUGCCUCAUCCAACUCCACUUGCACUUUACUCCAAGAUACACUCCCAAACAGAUGGGAAAGCUGUUAGCUUGAGACCAUCUUCUGCAGGCAAGAAGCUCAGGCGCCUGGUUCAUUCAGCGCCCAGCAGGGAGAGGGGUCAGCAACAGGCAGCCCCUGGGCCAAAUUGGGCGCCUGAAGGAUACCAACUAGCCCUCCUCCCAUCACCAGCAUGGAGAUGAGAUUGUGCUAACAAGACUUGAGGGCUUGGCAUGAUCCAGUACCUGCGUCCAAGUGGUUUCAGCUGCCAGAUCAGGCACAGGUUCAUCUAGGCCACUCAGAGGCUUACAAGCAGGACAUGAGAACAAGAACUUUCCUCUGCUGGUGCCUCCCAGCAACAGGCAAUACCCUGGCAGACUACCUCUGCAUCUGGAGGUUCUGUUUAUACACCCAGACCAGCAGAAGCCAUUGCUACCAAACCUCUUCUCUUCCAUGAAUUUGUCUACCCUCUUUUUCAAACUAACUUCACAGCAGGGGUGGUUUUUUGUUUGCCUUCCAAUCAAUUUCACAGGGAACCCUGGCCUCUAGUACUAUGGGAGAGGGAGGAAAAAUCACUCCCUGCACCCAUUUCUCCUUGUACAAGAUCUCAAUCAUGCAGACCAGAGCUUUCCAAACUGUGCGGCACGCGACACGUUAGUGUGUCGGCUGCAGUGUGUAGGUGUGCCGUGUGAACACUCCCCACGCUCCUCCUGGGGUUGGAAUGGAGUUAGUUUAACCUCCCGUUUGCUAGUAAAACCAAGUUUCUGGGUCGCAAAAUGAUGCAUGUCUAAAAAAUGUGUCACCAACAUGGAAAGUUUGGAAAGCUCUGAUGUAGUAACACAUGUUUCUGUACACACAUAGCUGCCCAGCUUUCUUUUACCCCUCCAGCUGGUGGCUAAGCAUCCCUGGGCAAAGGAGUCUGGAGCCAGAAUCAGCCUGGAAAGGUCCCAUUCCCCCCAGUUCCAUCACUCAAGGGGGCCAGAACCCCAAUUUCUAGAGCCUUCCCCUCGGGUGGAAGUUGGGGAACCCAGCAUUGGCGAGGGCCUCAAAAACAACAGUGUCUAACAAAUUUAUUAUGGCAGAUGGUUUUGCGGGCUUCCUCUGAUGCAGGACGCCCGCCCCCCCCUUCUCCUUUCCUCAGGCCUGCUGGUGCCCUUAGCAGCGCCAGAGAAGACUCUAGUGAGCUGGAGGCGCCAAGGCCAGUCACCUGGAUGGGAGGGGAGCCAGGGUGGAAAGGAUUAUUCAUCUGCAGGAAGGCCUGGCUCCAGGCGGGGCUGGAGGGCACCCAAACCAGCACUGGGAGCUGAGCAGCUGACCCAGGCAGCCCGGCAGAGCAAGGGGGCUUUGCUGAAAGGCUGCUCUCCACCCCAGCCCCGCUGGCUGCUGCCAAAUGAUCCCUGCAACCCCCACCCCACCAGGCCCCCUGGCUCGCUCAGCAGCUGGCUUCUCCUUGGCUACUGGCCAGAGCCUCCCUGGGGAAGGGGGAGCUCCCUGCCCUCCUGCUGUGGUGAGAGGCAGGGAUGGGGGCCUGGGGAGUGGAAGGGGAAAGGGGGCUUUGGGUGGCAUUUCAGCAAGAAGGGGCCAAACCCAUCUGGAAUGGCGUGGUAGCCGGGCGUGUGGGAAGCCACUGCUUCGCCACCGCAACCACAACCGGGCACUAUAUGGAGGUGGGGGCUGGCGACCCACACUCUCCUAGCUUCCCUGGAGUUCUUGAGACAUUUCACCAAGCCCAACGCCUCUGAAAUGUCCUGGGCCAACGCAACACAGCUUCUCUGGAUGCCGGCUUCUCAGUUGGCAGAGAGCACCGGAGGCAGUCGCCUCUCCCCAAGCCCCUGGCAGCUGCCCCUUCCUGGAUCUCAGCGGCAGAGGAGGCUGAAGGUCACAGCAUGGGCAGGCGCUGGGGACUCCCGAGGGGGAGACGGGGUGGGGUGGGGGGUGGGCUGCUGGGUGAUGACUCGCACAGCCUUGGCACAGCCAGCUCAGCUUUGUCACUCUCCAGCCAGGCUAAAAAUAUUUUGACAGCCUCCCGUCCUUGGCCUUGGCUGCUCGAAACAACUUGUACAAGCUCCCCAACUGGGCAGGGGGUGGUGCUGGGGUGGGGGACAGGGAGGCCUCCCCAAGGCAGACCAGCCGUCUCCCCACGCUGGUGGCAAGGCCUAAAGCUCAGGCCGGCUGUGAGAGGAUUUACCCCGCUGCUCUCCUUCUUGCAGACAUCCAGGCUCCCCAGCUCCCAAACUCUCUUCAUCCCCCACCUCCCCUCCAUGCUGCGCUUGGAACAGCUGUUUCCAAAGCCUCCUGAAUUCUUGCAAACAGCAUCCUGACCUCAGUUGAAAUAACACAGCCAGGUUUUAUUGGGGAUUCUUUCUUUCUUUCUCUCCCUCCCCUCCUGCUUUUUCCAUUUCUUUCAGCUAAUGGAUUUCUUCUUUAAAAAAAAAAAAUCUAAAAUAAAUUACAGAAUUAAAUAAACUUGGACAAAUGCUCUCUCCCAUCUCGCCUCCAAAACGAAACACUGAAAUAGUUGGCUGGGUUUUGGCAACGGAGGUGUCCAACCCGCAAGGCUGGGAAGCGUAGCUAUAUAUAUGAUUGGGGUGGGGGAGUUGGAGGGAGUGAAGGUGGGGGGGCUUCCAUGAGCUGCUCUCUUCAGACCCACAGCGUAACAAAGUUGCUCCCCUGCCCUCCCCAGAUGCCCACAGACAGCCACUCCUUCUGCCUCCCACCAUCUCCCCCCACCAAGAGAUCGGGAGCUCCUUGCUCCUUGACCUGCUACAAACUAUGUGCACGGCUGUUUCCUGGAAGCCCCAACCUGCCUCAGACAUGCGUCGGGUUGUCCAGGUAAGGGUCCGUCUUGGUCAUGUGCAGCACCACAGCAGGCACCUUGUAGUGGCAGUGGGUGCCCGUGCAAGUCACCCCGCUGCAGGGCUUCCCUCUAGUCCUGCCCCCCAGUUUCCGGUUGCAGAGGUUCUGCCAGGUCUGCAGGGUCUUGGAGCUCCACACCCAGACCCCACUGGUGAUGCCCACCACCAGGGACAUGAAGAUCUUGAGCAUGAAGAUGGCCACAGUGGGCACAGAGGCCUCCAGGGUGCAGUCUAGGCUGCGGCGCCCGGGGAAAGGCAGGCACCCGUGCUCCAAGGCCCGGAGAGUCCAAUACUCCACGUUGAGGCGCUCGUAGAAGUAGCAGACGAUGACGCAGGUGGCCGGGACGGUGUAGAGGAUGGAGAAGACACCUAUCUUGACCAUCAGCUUCUCCAGCUUCUCUGUGUUGGUGCCUCCCGUCUUCAUGAUCUUGCGGAUGUGGAAGAGGGCGACGAAGCCCGUCAGGAUGAAGGAGGUGCCCACCACCAGGUAGCAGGACAGCGGGAUGAGGACAAAGCCCGUCAGGGCGGCCACGUCCAGGCUGGCCACGUAGCAGAGGCCCGUCAGCUCGUCACCGGCCACCUUGCGCAUGGUGAGGAUGACGAUGGUUUUCAUGGCGGGGACCCCCCAGGCGGCCAGGUGGAAGUAGCUGCUGUGCGCCUCGAUGGCCUCGUGGCCCCACUUCUUCCCCGCUGCCAGGAACCAGGUCAAGGUGAGCACCACCCACCAGAGGGACGAGGCCAUGCCGAAGUAAUAGAGCAGGAGGAAGACCAGGGUGCAGCCCGUGCUCUCCAGGCCCUCCUGGAUGACGUAGAGCUGCCCGUCCUCACGGUCGCAUGCAAUGGCCUCUGCGCCGGCCACCGAGCGGAUGAGGAAGGCCACCGAGUAGACGUUGUAGCACAUGGAGAGGAAGAUGAUGGGCCGCUCCGGGUACUGGAAGCGCUGGGGCUCCAGCAGGAAAGUCAGCACUGUGAAGGCGGUGGAGGCGAAGCAGAGCGUGGCCCACACGGCCAUCCAGAUGAAGGCGAAGUCCUUGUCGCGACGCGCCCAGUACACGUCCACUCCCGGGGAGCAGCGCGGGGCGCACGACGCGCUCUUGGCCACGAACUGGAACUUGUCGCCGUUGGCGCACGGGCCUCCCGGAGCCGAGCCGGGCGGGCUGCCUGCCGGAGGGGGCCUGCCCUCGACGGCGGGCCGGGCCGGGCGAGGGGCCACCGGGAGCAUGCCGGCUCCGCGCUGGGGCUCGGCGGUGGCGUUCUCGGGCGCCUCCAUGCACAGGGCGUGCGGGUCGUGCUUGGUGGGCAGGCGGGCGCAGUCGAGCGCCUCGGGCCAGCCGAAGUGGAAGUGCGCCAUGAUGGGCGCGCAGCGCUGGCGCGCCUGCUCGCACAUGGGCCGGCAGGCCGGGAUGCUGCUGGACACCUGGUCGGUGCACAUGGGCGCGUAGAGCGAGCACAGGAAGAAGAGCAGGUGGCCGUGGCAGCCGUAAGCCACCAGCGGCGCGAACUCGUGCAGCUUGAGCGCCGCCUCGCCCUGGUGCUCGUGCCCCAGCAGGUUCGGCAUGCGCGUCAGGUUGUAGCCGAUCCCCUGGCACAUCGGGAUCUCGAUGGCCUGGCAGCGCCCCGAGCCGCGACCGCCGCCCAGCCGCUCCGACGCGUCGUACGCCCCGACGCCCGCGCCGCCCAGCAGCUCCAGCGCCCGGGCGCCUGGGGACGCCGCCACCAACAUAGCCAGCAGGACCCGCAGCGGCAGCAGCAGCCCGGCCAUGCCUCGCAGCGGCGACGACCACGACCACGGAGCCGGCCGCCGCUCCCGAUCACCGCCACCGCAUGGCGCGUCACCAGCUCCCCGUGCGCCCACACGGCCGGCGCUCCGCUCGUGGGC